CGGUUUCGAGCGAGAGCAUAUGGAAGGGAGCGAGACAGUGAAUGGUGAUGGACCCGUGUUACAAAGGGUGCGUUCGAAGAGACAGCUAUUGGCGUUACUUGCGUUUUCUAUCUUUAUCAUUUAUUAGGCAUUAACAAGGAUAGAAUGAUGCAGAUAGCGCUAAUAACGUCUUCCCGAACACACCCAAAAAAAGUGAAAGGAAGAAACUAAUAGCUACGCAUGUCCUGGCCAUCUUUCUGUUUCUCUUUCAUAUUCUUUCUCUUUUUCUUACCUAACGUUUUCACCUCAUGGUUCCAGAAAGGCUCCAAUGGUAAUAUGUUUAUGCAACUUUUUGGAACAUUACCCUUUCCUCUAUAAUGUAGAAAUCGGUGAAAGUUGCUUCAUGAGAGUCACACUAUUUUAGUAUCAUUUUAGUUGCUCGAAGAUCAACACGCGUGCUCCCCAAAGCAGAAAAAAUUAUAGCAACGAUGGAAAAGAAACAUAUCGACGAUGUUCAAAUGCAAACAGUAGACGAACAGUUCAAAUUACUUUUAGAAGAUAAUAGUGUGAUUGAUGCAGAGGCGACUGAUGUAACGCCCUAUGAUCUUCCGGAAUGGUAUAAUGAAACAUUAUACAAAAAAGGUCAAAAAUAUUUCAAGCGAAACAUGGUGUCAUUAUUAGCAGGAUGUACUAUAGGUCUUAUUAUGGGUUUUUUAGUAGACACAUCAUUAAAGGUGCUUAUACUUACAAAACGAAGUAGUUCGACUUGUUCGGCUUUUAAAAGAUACGCAGAAACUGUACUACACAUAUAUAACUUAUAUGUGCAUGAUCCAAAUGAUUCAGAGUCUAAGUGGUACAAAUCGAUAAAUGCAAUUCGUUGGCAUCACAAAAUGGCAUCUAAGAAAUCAAAAAAAGCUGGUCUUGGAGAAAUUUCUCUAAGAGACAUGGUUCUCACUCAGUACAGUUUCAUGGCAUACGUUUACAUUGCGCCUAAAUCUUUUGGAUUAUGCAAUACACAUGAAGAAGACGAAGCAUUUAACCACGUCUGGCGUGUAAAUGGAUACAUGCUAGGAAUCUCUGACAGAUUUAAUUUGUGUCGAAAUAAUAUAAAUGAAACUAUUGAAUUGUGUAAAAAGAUCAAAGAUAUAUACACAACUUAUUUAAUAAAUUGCAAAACAUCACCCGACUUUGACAAAGUAAUAUCAACUGUAUCAGAUGCGUUAUGGUACAUUAUGAUCACCUUAAAUAAAGAUUCCAUGAUGGCGUUCAUCUGUGACUUACAUAAUGUUCCAUACAACAAACUUGGAUGGUACAGUUGGCUAAAUAAGAAACUUCAUGAAGGAUUACUUUAUUCAUUUCUUGUUCCUUAUGUUGGAGCAGUUGUAAGAAUAUGUUUUAACUACCUUUCUCAAUUCGUAAUUUGGAAUUUGGAUAAAUUUCCCAUACUUGCUUGGUUAAAAUUUGGGAAGAAUAAUGUUCAAUUCAAUCUUUAUUCUAAACACUAAAAUUUUUAAUUAUUGGACAUAAAGGGAUAAUUAUAAUAUUAAUGAAUUUCUAAAUGUUAUAAUUUUAAUUGAAAUAACUUUGACAAACGAUACAUUACGUAUUUGAAAUAAAUUUGUAAGAUCUAUCAACGUAUUUAUCUUUUAUAUUGUAUUUUUUAAUGAAUAAACAUUUAGAUUAAUAAAUGCAUUCGUUUAUAUUUCAUCUUUGGUUUUAUUUUAAUUAUAAAAAAUAUCUUAUCAUUUUAUAUAAAAUAUUCAAAUUAUUUUGUAAGCCUCUUCCCACAAAGAAACAAACAUUUCUUAAACGUAUUAUUAAUUCUUUUAACAUAAAAUUUCAUAUUUUUGAACAUUUGUUUAACAUAAAUAACUUAUUUCUAUUAAUGACAAAACUUAUUUUAUGAGAAAUGUUUUUUUAAAUAAACUGUUAACAUUGUUAAAUAAGUUGUGUUAAAAAAGUUUCGUCUGUAAAAAAGCAUAAUUAUUAAUAGCGUCUAACCUACAAUUAAUAAAGUGAAUUAUAUCUACGUAACCA